AAAACGAGACAUAUCGAUAAUCGCAACUCGAUUGUCGGCAGCGCACGUGACCGCCGAUUCGUCGCGAGAGUCGUACGAGAACACCACGUGAUAUCUCUGCUCAGCCUGCAUAGAGUUUGUUGUCGCGUUAAGUCGUUGAUCUCGUCGGUCGCACAGUCAGAAUGAGUAUCGCUUUCUUUGCGCGAAUUGGCAACUCUGCAGUAGGUCUCAGCAGAAACCUAAAUUGCUGGACAGCGGCAAUCACAAAGAAGCAUAGAAAGAUAUAUGAACGAAUGUAUCCUACGAAGCUUGUUUUCUCAGAUGGAAGCAGUAUAGAUAUUGAUUAUCAUGAGCCAAGAAAGAUAAUAAUUCUCCCGCUGAAUCUCGCUGAACUAACACAGGAGCAACAAAAAGCCAGAAUUGAAAUGCGUAAAUCAAAAAGUAAAAUAAUAAUAGCUGAAGAAAUAGAGGACACUUUUGAUGAAAAUAGAUAUUUUAAUUUUAAGAAGUGAACUCCGUAGUGUUUCUGAAAUUUGUAUUAUACAUAUUAUGCAGAAGUACAAAACAAUAUCCUUUUUGUAUUUACAAGAAGAGAUCCUGUUUGUAUCUGCGGUUUUCCAUAUUAUCAUAAUUGUUUUAUAUACGGUUCUACUAUCAUGUGGAACAACAGAUGUAAAUAUUAUUUUUAAAACCAUUUGUGAUAUAUAUAUAUAUAUAUACCAUGAAAUAUAAUGGUGGUGAAUCUAAUCUUAUAUGAUAAUCGUAAAAUAGAAUGAAUUAUGUUUGUAGUGAAAUAGGAUAGCAUUAUAUGCAUGACACUAAUACCGUAUAAUGAUAUAAGCAUCAUUAUUCUAUGAACAGAUAAUAUUCACGCUCAUGUAAACAUAUAUAUGACAGCACCACAAAUAGAUACCACAAUGAGAUCGCA